AUGCCACCGGGCGCCGCGGCUGUCGCCGCCGCCUCGCAACAGGCCGACUGCUGCGGCCACGGGCCCGGGCCCGGGCCCAGCUGGUGCGGCGGCGGCGGCGGCUGCGACGUCCCUGGCGGCGCGUCCUGCAGCUACCUGCCGCUACGCAAGCGGCUGUCCGUGGACGGCAAGUUCCCGGCGCCGCGGAUAUGCAUCUGGGAGUGCGACGGCGAGGCCGGGGACAUCACCUGCGAUAUCGUCGCCGCGCCGCUCCGCCGCAGCUGCAGCGCGAGGGCAAUGCCGCCGCCGUCGCCGGCCUCGCUCUUCCGCCGGAUGAUGAGGCCGCCGCCCUCGCGGCCCAGGCAGCCGCAGGGGGUGGUGGAGGAUGAUGUGGCGGCUAGGAGGCCCGGGGAGACCAUCUCCAAGGGCCACCGGAGCUACGGUCUCAUGCUUAACCUGCAGCUUGGCAUAAGGCACCUAAGGAAGCUGUUCGGGGUGGAUCCUGCGGACUACAUGCUCGCCAUCUGCGGGAGCGACACGCUCCGCGAACUGGCGUCGCCUGGCAAGAGUGGGAGCUGCUUCUUCGUUACACAGGACGAUAGAUUCAUGAUUAAAACCGUGAAGAAGGCAGAAAUGAAGGUUCUAAUUAGGAUGCUGCGGAGUUACUAUGAACAUGUUUGUCAGUACAAGUCCACUUUGUUGACAAGGUUCUAUGGCACACAUUGCAUCAAGCAAGCUGGAUGUCCCAAGGUCCGGUUCAUUAUAAUGGGCAAUUUUUGCUGCUCAGAGUAUAAGGUCCAUAGGCGUUUUGAUUUGAAAGGCUCAUCACAUGGUCGUACUAUUGACAAAGCGGAAGAGAAGAUCGAUGAAACAACUACUCUAAAGGACCUCGACCUUUAUUAUGCAUUCCACCUACAGAGAUUUUGGUACGAUGAGCUGAUGAGGCAAAUUCAGAUGGACUGCACAUUCUUGGAGACACAAGGGAUUAUGGACUACAGCUUGUUGCUAGGAGUUCACUUUCGUAAUGAUUUCUCAAUGUCUAAAAUUGGUGUAUCUCAGUUUAUUGGUUUGCCAAAAUCCACGGGCAAAAGAAAAUCAUUUGAAGGUGGAGGCGAUGUUUGUGAGCUUUGCUUUACGGAAUCUGGAUGCAAGGACAGAGAUUUCAUUGUUGACUCUCGGUAA